CCUUGCUUCUUACUUACUGGGGUUGUCAUUUUGUUAAGCAUUUCUUGCUUUCUGGCUAUGGAAAUUCUUCGAACUUCUUUGCUUUCUGGUAACCCCUUACUCAUUGAAACCUCUCUCCCACAAAAACCCAACAAUUCCUUCAUAUUUCAAGCUUCCACAGACACAACCAACGUUUCUACUGGCACCACACUCUCAAACCAAGCAAACCCACAAACCCAUCUCUCUUUUUCCUCCAAAAAGACUACCAAGCUCAGCAAUAACCCAAGAGCUGAAACCAAUUCUGAAAUUGGUCAUUGCAUUUCUUUACUAAAGAGUAACCCUGUGUGUGACUGUAGACAGAUUCAUGCUCAAGCUCUGAAGUUGAACGCUUUUGAAGAGAAUGGUUGGAUUGGAAACAAGCUUGCUAUGCUAUACUCGAAGAAUAAGGAGUUCUUAGACUAUGCCCGUAAGUUGUUCAACGAUAUUCCCAAGCGAAAGAUUCCCGUUUACACAUCGUUGAUAAGUGCUUAUUGUCGGUCAGAGCAGUGGGAAGACCUGUUUUUGGUGUUUAGGUUGAUGGUUGAUGAAGGCAUGUUACCUGAUAAAUAUGUUGUACCUACAGUUCUGAAAGCGUGUGCUCUGGUGCGGAUGUUAAGGACAGGUAAAAUGAUUCAUGGGUUUGUGAUAAGGAUGGGGAUGAACUCUGAUGUUUUUGUUGGGAAUGCGCUUAUUGAUUUUUAUGCCAACUAUGUGGUUUCAUGGACUGCCCUUGUUUCUGCUUUCAUGAAUGAAGGCCUUUUUGAAGAGGCAAUUGAGGUUUUCAAGUCCAUGCAGCUGAACGGGGUCAAGCCUGAUUUGAUCUCUUGGAAUGCACUUGUAUCGGGGUUUGCACACAAUGGAGAGAUUGAUUUAGCUCUUCAAUAUUUGGAAGCAAUGCAAGAAGAAGGGUUGAGGCCGAGGGCUAAUACUUGGAAUGGAAUCAUUUCGGGUUGUAUUCAGAAUGAGUAUUUCGAGGAUGCUUUGGAUGCGUUCUAUAAUAUGUUAUGUUUCCCCGAGGAUCCAAAUUUUGUUACAAUUGCAAGCAUUUUACCAGCUUGUGCAGGCCUAAAAGAUUUAAACUUAGGCAGGGCUGUUCAUGGGUUUGCUCUGAAGCGUCAGCUUUGUGGAAACAUGCACGUGGAAGGUUCAUUAAUUGAUAUGUAUUCAAAAUGUGGGAUGAAAGAUUACGCAGAGAAUAUCUUUUCCAAGGCAGAGAACAAAAGUAUUGCCAUGUGGAAUGAGAUGAUUGCAGUUUAUGUAAAUGCAGGAGACGCAAGGAAGGGAUUAGAGCUUCUUAGAGUGAUGCAUCAUUUUGGCUUAAAACCUGACGUGGUAUCUUAUAACACAAUAUUGGCUGGCCAUGCAAGAAAUGGGCAAAUAAAUGAGGCAUAUGAGCUGCUUUAUGAGAUGGCCCGGAUGGAGUUGAAGCCAAAUAUUAUUUCUUUCAACGUUUUGAUUUCUGGUUUUCAACAAUUUGGGCUUAGUUUUGAAGCUUUGAAAUUGUUCCAGACCAUGCAAUCCCCAUUGAAUGGUUGCGUUGGUAAUGAUGUGCUCCAUGAGUCAACCCAACCAAACUCCAUUACUAUUGCCGGUGCUCUUGCAGCUUGUGCUGAUCUGAAUCUACCAUGCCAAGGGAAGCAAAUCCAUGGAUACGCGUUAAAGAAUGGCUUUGAGCCUAAUAUCUAUAUCUCAAGCGCAUUGGUUGACAUGUAUUCAAAAUGUCUUGAUAUUGUUUCAGCAACUAAAGUAUUCAGGAGAACUGAAGAUAGAAACACAAUCUGUUGGAAUACUUUGAUUGCAGGCCAUGUCCACAACAUGCAGCUGGACCGAGCUCUUGAACUUUUCUGUGAAAUGCUGGAAGAAGGUCUUGGACCAAGCUCUAUUACGCUUAUGAUACUUCUCCUCACUUGUGGUGAUAUGGAAGCUCUGAGAUUUGGAAGAGAAUUACAUGGCCAUAUCAUAAAGAGUAAGCUCAAUCAAUCUAAUUAUGCCCUUGCAAGUGCCUUGAUAGGCAUGUAUGCUAAGUGUGGUAGAAUCAAGGAUGCCAAAUCGCUGUUUGACUUUGAAGUUAAAAAAGAUGCUUCUGUAUGGAAUUCCAUGCUAUCUGCUAAUUCGACUAAUGGAAUGGCCAAGAAGGCCAUUGCCUUGUUUGGAGAGAUGGAGUUAGCAGCACCUGUGCUUGAGAUAUAA